CAUUUUGGCGGAAAAAAAUAAUCAGUAUCAUGAUGGUGGCAACUGUCAAUUAAUUUUUAUUUUUGUUUAUUUUUUUCUUGUCAAUUAAAUAGUUAUUAAAUUAACACUAGCUGGUACCAAAUUUGCUUGAAAAAAAAAACAAUUACCUAUGAAGACCAGUUGAACAUUUAAUAUUUAAUUUAUUUUUUAUUGUUUAUCUUGUUUGUAUUUUUUUUUUGUUGACAAUACGCACAUGUGAGACGUGAGUUGUUGUAAUUUUGUUAUCAUUAUUUUCAUAUUAAAAAAAAUAAUUCGAGGUUAUUAAUAAUUAAUAAAAAUAAGUGUACUAAUUAUCCAGUUAAAAAUUAUGGAGACUGUAGAUGUAUGUAGUGUGAAUGUUUCUGAACUUGUAACAUCAAGUUUUUGUGCAAAUUGGUCAGAAGACAAUAAUUUAUCAAUAAUAACUGAAAAAGGAGUUCAUGUUUUUGAACUUCAACCAAAUCCAUUAUGUCCAGUACCAAUGCCAAAAUUUAAAAGAUCAUUUAUGUAUCCAACAGACAAUUUACCAACAGAAAUAUUAUUAUCUGAUAUAAAUAAUCAGUUGAAUACUUAUAGUAAAAAUGAAUUUUAUUCAUUGAUGAUGGAUUCACCAUUAACACCAAAAAUUUAUGACAAAGCUGAUCAUAUACCACGUAUUAUAACAUCAAUAUGGUCACCCAUAAAACUUGCUCAACCAUCAAAAUGUCUUUUGGCAACUUUAACAUCUGCUGGAGCUGUUGAUUUAUUAUUUAAAUCUGGUAAAAAUUGGUUUUCCAUAUGUAACAUAUCAACAAUAUGGCUGGAUAUUAUUAAAAAUAAACUUGAAUCAAUUGAGCCAAAUAAACAUCAUGAUGCUGUGACAUUUAGAAAUGAAGCAAGAAAAUUACAAGCAACAUCAAUUGCUUGGAGUACACUACAACAAUCUUCAAAUAAAUUCUAUUGUUAUUUUUUAACUUCAUUUAGAAGUGGUGAUUUAGUUAUUUGGCGAAUUGAUCAAAUACCUGAACUUUCAUUUAAAGUUAAUGCAACAAUGGCUUUAAACAUACAGGUAAAUCAAUCAUCAUCAACAACAUCAACAGCUGAAAGAAUAACAAAACUCUGUUGGAUCACACUUGCUAAUAAUAAACAUGUUGUUAUUGUUGGAUAUUUUGAUGGAAGAAUUCAUGGUAUAGAGCUAGAUGACGAACCUGAAAUAAUGACAGAAAUAUCACGAAAAAAAUAUAUUGACAGUGUUGAUAAAAUGCCAGUAACAUCAAUUCAAUCAAUAAAAUUAACAAAUGGAAAUACUCAUGUUGUUGUAACAAAGAAUUUUUUUAUAAUUUCAUUGAUCCUCAAUGAAAAUGGUGACUUGAUACACAAUAAUUACAUAAAAAUUAUGGGAUUUUCUAUAACAGGACUUGUUAUUAUAAAUGAAACAGAAACAAUAAUAACAACUCAAAAUGGUGGCAUGCAUUUUAUAAAAUUAAAUGAACAAUCAAAAUUAACAAGUAGCCAAAUAAAUAAUGAAUCAAUAAGUAAAUCAUUAAAAGUACAAUAUCGUGGUUUAGCAUGUUCACCAAGUAAAGCAACAUUUAUCAAUGUAACAAGUCCAAAUUGUCAACAUGAUCAUUUGAUUAAUCGUGAACCAAGUAUACUACAAUUAUUUCAUUUAAAUAUUGAAAAUAUGAAUCCAUGGUUAAUUUUAAAUUCAAGUGAAUGUAAUUUUAAUAUUCAUUGGGAUUGUCUUGAGGUUAUUAGAAUAAAAGCAGCGAAAUCGAUUGAACCAGAAGAUGUAUUACCAAUUAUUGAUGAAGAACUUGAAACAAUGUCAAUUCAUAAAUUACGUAUAACAAUGUGGAUGACAUUAAUAACAAAAGUAUUAAAAAAGAAAAAAAUACUUAAAAAAAUUGAUAAUAUUGUUGGUGAAAUAUCUGAAGCACAACCAUUAAUAUUUGUUAAUUCAGUAUCAAGUUAUUUAUUAAAAUUAAUUGAUAAAAAUAAUCUCAAUGAUUAUAAUCGUUUAUCAAUGCAUUUUUUAAGACUUUAUCUUGAAGUUUAUUUAGCUGGUGAAGAUGAUACUAAAAAUACAUCAUUAACAAAAGAAAAUAUAACAGUUGAUUAUGCUAUUAAUGCAGUUAAAAUGACAUCAAACAUGGACUUGAUUGAAGUUGAAGCAUGUAAUUUAUGUGGUGAAAUAAUAACAGAGCUACCAUGGAUUAUGUCAAAUUGUCCAAAAGGACAUAAGCUACCAAGAUGUGCAUUGACACUAUUACAAAUAACAUGUUUAAGAUAUAAAAGUUGUCCAACAUGUGGUAGACUUUAUCAUCCAUCAUUGGAUGAUGAUUAUGAUCAAGUACGUUGUAUUUAUUGUGAUAUUCCAGCAAUUUAUGACCCAAGAAUAAUUGGUGUUGAUGAUGAUAUUCAUGAAAAUUGUAAAAAUCUCAGUGUUAAACCAAUUUGGGAAAUACAAGCUUCAAAAAUUCCCCAAGAAAUAUAAACAUUAUUUGCAAAUAAAAAUUUUAAUUAUUUA